AUGAUCGAUUCCGAUUCCGACACCGACAGCAAUCACAAGAGACCCUUCGCACACGAUCCUUUUUCAUCUUCUUCCAACAAGAAGCCGGGGACCAUCGCAGGUGCCUCCGUCGUUUUGAAACAUUUCGAGGUCCCUCUGUUUUCAGUUACCGAAAGUGGCGUCGUUUCGCGCUGCGAUUCCAUGCUCCUUCAUGCGGACCAGCCGUACGCGAUCGGGCGGAGAUCGCGCGACUGUGGAUUCGUCUUCCGUGACCGCCGGGUCAGUAAGCAACACUGUCAGAUCUUGUUCGACGGUUCACUCCGCAAACUCUAUAUUCUGAAUGGGGUUUUGUUACGCAGUGAUUCCACCGAAACGACGUGUCGUCUCGUUCACGAGUUCAGGAAAAGAGUGAUGGCAUUUCGCGACAGUAAGGUCGACGGUGUUGCGUUUCGAGAAGCUUCCAAUGGUGUUUUUGUGAACGGGGUCGCGAUUAGAAAUGGAAUUGCUGUUGAGUUAUCUGCUGGAGAUAAAGUCUCGCUGGUUUGUGGAAACCAGAAUGGUUCUUGUGGUAUUCGGAAUCGGAUUGGGUUUGUUGUUCAACGAAUUGUUCUUGAAGGGUAUGGUUAUGAUUUUGAUGUUGAUGUUGGUGGUGAUGUUGAAAUUGAUGGGUUAACAUUCUCUGGGCACUCUUCUCAAAGUGGGAAACGGAACAAGAGAGUUUUUGCUAUCAAGGCUAAUGUUUCAAGAUAUGAGCGAGUUGAUGGGAGGGCGAACUUUCUUCUGGAUAGGUGCAGAGACAUAUUGCUUAGUGAUGACCCUGUGUCUUGCAUUCUGCGUGCUGUUUCGGAUAUACAAUCUGGAUUUAAGUGUAUGGAUUCUGGUAAUGAGUUACCACAAAGGGUGAUGGAAAAUACAAGUGCUGGUCUUGUGCAGUCUAUACUUUGUGAAAGUAAAGUGAUGAAUUUGGAGGCAAAAAGUGACAUCUUUUGUCGAAAAGGGAAUGUGGGAGUUGCUUGUGUGAAUGCUAUUGCUGAUAGGAAUCAUCCUAAUGUAAUGCUGUUAGAUUCUGUAGGGAAGGAUAAUCUUCCUUCUGAUGGCAACAAGCAGGAAAAGCAAGGAGGUGUCUUUUAUCCACCUCCUGGGAAGAAUUUUUACCUGAAUCGCCUUGAAUUUCUGUGCCAUGGCUCCUCGGCUCUUCAUCAUUCCAUAUCUCUCCCUGAACUUCUUUAUCCUGUUGAAAGCAUUUCAAGAAUGUUUAUUGCCACAUUCACAAGUGACAUAAAAUGGUUCUUGAAAUAUUGCAAGAUUCCUUUUCAUCUGCCAGUUACGAUAGCUUGUCACAAUACUGAGAGAUGUUGGAGUUCAAGACCUGAUGAAAGAGUAUUUGUGCCUUACCAGGAUUAUACUAACCUAGUUGUAGUGCAUCCUCCAUUCCCUGAAACCAUAGCAUUUGGUAAUAACCGCAAGAAACAGGGGAUUGCUUGCCAUCAUCCUAAGUUGAUUGUUCUGCAAAGAGAAGAUAGUAUUCGAGUUGUCAUUACAUCUGCAAAUUUGGUGGAAAAGCAGUGGAACAGUGUGACCAACACUAUAUGGUGGCAAGAUUUUCCUCACGCCGUUUCAGCUGAUUUUGCAUCACUUUUCCCAAAAAUUGAUGAUGGUGAAAUUCAUAGAAACUCAAAAUGUGAUUUUGCUGCUCAGUUGGCUGGAUUUAUGGCAUCUCUCAUUAUUGAUGUACCCAGCCAGGCUAACUGGAUCACUCAGCUGGCAAAAUAUGACUUUGGAGGUGCAACAGGUCAUCUUGUUGCUUCAGUGCCUGGAAUUCACUUUUAUAGAACUUCUGUUCUGCCAGAAUCCUUUCAGGCCUCUCCUUUUCUUGGUUCAGUUGUGGCAUCUGUGGUUGGUUUGAGCCAUCUUUUCUGCACUGUGGCAGACUCAAACAGUGCAAGACUAAAAGCACUGGCUGCUUUCCUCGGAAAGUCUUGUAAGAAUGCUUAUGGGAAGUUGGAGAUUGUUUUAAGAAGAAAUCCCAAUGUGCCUGCUGAUGAAAAUGCUAUUAGCGUUCUUGUUUCCAACCCUGAUGGAACUUCUGAGGGAGAUUAUGUUCCGCUUGGUUUUCUGCCUAGAAAUAUAGCAAAAUGGGUUUCUCCUCUUUGGGAUGCUGGAUUCUUCAUGUUUUCUGGAUACGUUUGUCCAAAAGAGGCCCUUGCAGCUUCCUUCGGAGAAAACUGUAAGAAAGUACAGCUGAUACUGAAUGUGUCAGAGGGGCAUCAUUUUCAAGAUAUGUCAAAGAUGAUGCAAUCUGACCAAAUUGUUGCGUUGUGCUCACUCAUUGCUUCAAUCCAAAGAUGUUAUGGCCUCUGGAGAUUGCAAGAGGUUCUAAAUCAGUACAAAUGGCCUGAAUCAUUAGAGUCUGAUAUUAUAUAUGGUGCGUCUUCUAUUGGUUCAUCUCUCAAUUCAAAAUUUCUUGCUGCGUUUUCGGCUGCUGCUGGGAAAAAAUCAUUGCAACAUUUUGAUUCAGAAGAGUCUGAUCCUGAAUGGGGCUGCUGGAAUGCUAAUGAAGAAUCCAAGAAUCCUUCUGUUAGAAUUAUUUUCCCUACUAUAGAAAGAGUGAAGAAUGCUUAUAAUGGGAUUUUGCCCUCGAGACAUAUUCUUUGCUUCUCAGAGAGAACAUGGCAAAGGUUGAAGACUUUAGAUAUACUUCAUGAUGCCAUCCCUCAUCCUCACCAAAGAAUAGGGCAUCCAAUGCAUGUCAAGGUGGUACGUAGACGCUUCUGGUCCAGGAGGGAUGCACCUUCCAUUGGUUGGGUAUACUGUGGGUCUCAUAAUUUUAGUGCUGCUGCCUGGGGGCGACAAAUUUCAAAUCCGUUUGUUCCAAAGCCUGAUGGACCUAGAAAAGGGGUCCCUUCUUUGAAUUCUGGGCUACACAUUUGCAAUUAUGAGCUUGGGAUUAUAUUUACUUUUCCUCCUACAGAAAAUAAUGAUUGUCCUAAAGUUAAAACCACAAAAUUAGAUGAUAUAAUUCUGCCAUUUGUUGUGCCUGCUCCUAAAUAUGGAUCUAGAGAUAGGCCAGCUACAAAGCAGGCUAUGAGGGAGGUGAUGGCUGAACUUGCUGAGCGAGAGAGGGAGAAAAACGCAGAAGAAGAAAUGAUGGAAGAGCUUCUUGAGGAAGAGGAAGAAGUGGAAGCAACAAAUUAUGUUGGAGAGGAGAAUGAAGAGGAGAAGGCAUAUGCAGAUAUACUCUGGAGUCAGGUUGAUUCUUCCCAGAACUGUUGAACUUAUGCAAGAAGCAAUACUGGGAGCAGGAAGCAGUGAUUAUGGAGCUGUCAACAGGAGUAUCUGAUACCCAAUUGUUAAGGUGAAAUGUAGGUUUAAGAUGCAAUGGUGACUUGGAAACUUACAGAAUUUGUGGCAAAUAUCCAACUUGGGAGGAAGGGAAGGUUUAUCCUGAGAUAUUAGGAAGAAGCAGCAAAG